CAUCAUUGUACAAUAGUGGUGUAAAUAGUGAUAUUGUGGUCAGUGCCAUUCAUUAUGGAGACCCUGUAACUGGAGAGCGCGCGCGCGUCCGCACAUCAGCUCGUGCACAUGCUGAGUAGAGUGAGUUCUCCAGCCAGAGGAUGUCGAUGAUGAAGGACACCCGAGCUAGGACUUUGACGCUUAGUCUAUGCUACAGUAGGUUUCUCCGAGCGACCACCAAUCCAGCCAUCAGUGGCGCAUCAGACGUUAUGGCAGACUCCAGAUUGCUCCUGCGAUGACUCCUGUGAACGGCACUGGGACUCGGAUGUUCCACGUCGGAACGUACAAACUUCUCGCGUUUACUAUCGGAACCAUCGGCGUGCUGGGUUUCUGCAACAAUCUGCUCGUCCUCGCACUUUACUUCAAGUUUAAGAGGCUACGGACGCCCACCAACUUACUGCUAGUGAACAUCAGUGUGAGCGACCUGCUGGUGUCGAUGUUCGGGACUAAUUUCACCUUGGUCUCGUGUUUGGAGCGAGGAUGGGUGUGGGACACCAGGACGUGUGUGUGGGACGGAUUCAGCAACAAUCUGUUCGGUAUUGUGUCCAUCAUGACUCUAUGUUCCCUUGCAUAUGAACGGUACAUUCGAGUGGUACAUGCCAAGGUCAUUGACUUUCCCUGGGCCUGGCGAGCCAUCACCCACAUCUGGCUCUACUCACUUGCAUGGACCGGAGCGCCUCUUCUCGGCUGGAACAGGUACACCCUGGAGAUCCACCAGCUGGGCUGUUCUUUGGACUGGGCCUCUAAAGACCCCAAUGAUGCCUCUUUCAUACUUCUCUUCCUCCUUGCCUGUUUCUUCGUUCCUGUGGGGAUCAUGGCCUACUGCUAUGGAAAUAUUUUGUACGCUGUCCACAUGUUGCGCUCCAUUGAGGAUCUGCAGACCGUGCAAAUCAUUAAGGUUCUACGUUAUGAGAAGAAGUUGGCUGCCAUGUUCCUGCUGAUGAUUUUCUGUUAUCUGCUGUGCUGGACACCCUAUGCUGUGGUCUCCAUGCUGGUAGCUUUUGGCAAGCAGAAUGUCAUCUCUCCCACUGUUGCCAUCAUUCCCUCAUUCUUCGCCAAAUCCAGCACAGUUUAUAACCCAAUUAUAUAUGGCUUUAUGAGCAGGAAGUUCCGGCGUUGCAUGCUGCAAUUGUGCUCCCGUCUGGGAUGCCUGCAGUGCUGUAUUAAGGACCACCCCCUGACCUGCUCCAGACAACCAGUACGACCCAUUGUGAUGUCUCAGAGCCGUAAAGACAAACCUAAAAAAAGGGUGACUUUCAACCCCUCUUCCAUUGUUUUCAUUAUUGCCAGCAAUGAUACAGACCCACUGGAUGUCAGCUACAAAUGUAAAGAGUCAUCAGAGAUCAACAUGAUUCAAGUCCGACCCCUUUGACCUUACUGUAAGGACUUUUGAAGCAUUGGAACUACAAGCUAAUUCUUUUGUUUUUGCUAAACACUGAGGAGAUUUGGGUUUGGGAUUGAAAAAAAAAAGACAUUUCGAGAUUGUUACAUCUAGAUGUGUUAAACAACACAGAAUUUGGCACCUUUGGAAGUAGACCAACCGAUGUUUAGGUUGGAAAAAUUAUUGGAACAGAUAUCUUUCUUUAGAAUCAAUAACUGGUUGGAUAUAAGCAGUUUUUUUGCUUUUGAAUAACUGCAUUGAGCUACCCAGUGACCAUGAAAUUGUUGCAUUGUAUUUUUUGGUAUAGAUUUACAAGCUUGUACAGCAGUUACCACAAUCUCAGGUUUGGUUAGUUUGGGGUGGUUCUGCCUCUUGUCUCCUCUUCAGGAGUUGAAAUGCUGCUCAAGUUCUGGUCAUUCACAGUCACUGGUCUUUAUAGUGAUGUUUGUUUUUUGUUUUUUUUUAACAUUUAUAGAUGAGAAUAUUAGUAAAUCAGUGCUGAAAUUCUGAUUUAUUUAUGAUCUCAAAAUGAAAUGUCUUUAGUGUAUGGCACAAACAAAAAUAAUAAAAUAUUGCUGCUCUUAAGAAGUAAAUUCAGAUUUCUACUGUACCAUAUUGUUUUCUUAUUUUGCUUAAUGUUCACAGUAAAGACUUUUGCCACUGGUACAAAGGGCCACUUUCAUGUAAGCAAUAUGGUCAAAAGAGUUUACAUUUAACAUAAUUACAGCAUCACUAUUUAUGCAACUUUUGAGUAUUGUAUUAAGAAGGUUGUUCUUAUAUGUCUAUAUCUGGCUAUAUCGACCAUGGAUCAGGUUCUUCACUGUGAACUGUAAAAAAGAUUCUGAAAGAGGGAGUAUCUUUGACAGACUCUGUACAAGUUAUUAAAAAAAAAGAAAAAUGAUUCAAUGAGGUCAAAGGCUUCUUCACCAGCACAAUACAUCAGCAGAAUAUAUUUGAUGUAAAAAUGGUAAGAAUGACUUUCCAAA